CUACAUGCAACCUGUUGAACACCCUCCCUUCUCCACGCCGCCACACAGAGCGCCGCCGCCGCUGGGAUCUCCGGUCUCCUGCCUCCUCCGUCCCUACCAGUCUCAGAUCCAAGCUCCUCUCCACAUAAGCUCUUCAUCCAUCCUAGUCGCGGCUCCCCACGCUGCCCGUGCAGGGAGAUCAGGAAGCACAUCUGCAGGCUUCAUGUGAGACGAGGAGAUCUUCACGGGCGGGCUCGCCGCGGCCGCCGGCAGUCCCCGCCACCACGCGUCGUCCGACCACAUCUGCUUACGCCGCCGGAGCAUUGCCUUGCGCCACCAACGCCCGCAAGGAGCUGCCUCUGAUUUCGUCGAUUCGUCCACUGCCAGCGCCUUCAUCCCCUGCCUCUCUGCAUCGUCCCUGCAGCCACCUCGCCUUGCAUUGCGCUUGCGCCAGCACCUUUCUUCCACCUGCAGUCCGGCAUGCUGGCUGGCAGCUGAAGUGAGGUGUGUUCAUGUUGCCUUCUCCUUCGUUGGGCGCCGCUACUGGUGACGCUAAGGUUGCGGUUUCCUCCAUGGAGACGCCAUGGGUGGACUCCAAGGAUCGCUCCUGCCAUAACCCUUCGGCGCAGCAAGCUGAGAAGUCAUCAUUGUCGGAAAGAUCAAGGUCAGAGCGCAGCAUGGCCUUCAAAAGAUGGGCUCGAGGUAGGUGUUACCGCUGCCUUGCACUCGAUCACCAAGUCAGUUCCUGUCGAGACUCCUUCCGCUGCAUUCGUUGUCGUCGUCCUGGGCAUCGAGAGCGACAUUGUCACUUUCGAUCCCCGUCUCCAGCACCACGAGCCCGCUCAUCAUUCGCCCAACCUCAACGUACUCAGCAAACAAGGAGUUGGGCUGAUGUUGUGGCCGCGUAUCCACAGCGUGCACCUCACAUUCAGCUGGCAGCUUCGCAUCGCCCCAUCAUUCAGCGUGAUGCAGGAAGACCUAUGUGUGGAUGUAAGUGCCAUGCCUCUCUUGGGUUGGUUGCCACAGACCUUCAGUCUAUGCUUACCCCGUUGAUGGAUUCAUUGCGUUCGGAGCUCCAACAAAUGAUACUGACAACAUUGGACGAAGUGGUGCGUCCACUCAAGGAGGAGGCCAACGUCAUCAAGUUGUGGUUGGCGCGUGUGGCCAACCACUUAGAGCACAUCGAGAUACCUAGCAAGGAAUCCACUGCUGGUGAUGUGGUCGGCCUCUUUGGCCCCUGUUCUCCUAUUCAGCGCUCACCGAACCCGUCAAUUCUUGCUUCUCUUGCAGCAGCUUGUACGCCUUCUAGUCCUUUGGUUUGUGAGAGUGCGUGUGGGGAUGCAGCAGACUCUAUUGCAGUUGCAGAGGAGAUAACCACAAAGAAUUUUCCUGUGGAGAUUCACCCAAAGACAUUGAUGGAAGAGACAUUAUCCCCAGCUGCCUCCGUUGCUGGCAUCUCAACCCCUACCGCAGAUGAUACAUCACCCUCGCACACUAUGGAGGUGCCCAUAAAGAUCUUAACUGAUGCUACACACUUGGACCCACCCAUGGAGCAUAUGAUGCUGCAAGUUGACACUCCCGUCGAGGAUGUUGUUCUAGUGGAAGAUGCAUCCAGUGAUGAUGAUGAUGCUGACUCAUAUGCGAGUGUGGUAAUUGAAGACCCCCUGCUUUCCGUUGCCGUUACAGAUGGCUCCACCCUGUCUACGAUUGAGAUCAAGGAGGAAGAGCCACAACCGCCAGAUACUUCGUGGUUGGAGGCAACCUCUCCUCUAGCCACCAAUGACUUGAAGGCUGACGAUGUUAGACGUCCUUCUGUACAUCACUCACCAUCAAUGAUAAUGACAGCAAGAUGCGUGCGCAAGUCUUUUGACAGAUCAUCGCUUCGUCGAAGCACUCGUCUUGCCCAACGAAAGGUGCUCAAAGACUUAGGCUUAAUUAGAGAGGACGGGAAGCUUGAUGAGAAUGUAAUUCAAGACUGUGCUGACUGUUUGAAGGAAUUGGUGCCACCGGACCUACUCCAGUCAAUAAUGCUUUUGAAAGGCCGUGACUUCUGGGAUGUUGUGGCAGGGGCAUCUUUGGCUCUUCGUUAAGCUUUUUCUGUUGUGUUUUCUGGUGUUGCAUCAUGUUGGUGGUUUUCGAGGUUUGUGUUGGUAGUUUAGCCUUAGUAGUUGCCUUGGUAUCUCUUCUGUUGUCUUUGUGUUGGUGCAGCUCGCGUCGAGGACCCAAUCCGAUCGAGCAUGAUGCAGAGGCUCUGAUCGACGACCCAAUCCGACCGGGGGUUGAUGUCUCAUUCCGAUCUGAGCAGUGGGGUGUGGAGUCGAGUUGAGUUGUGUAACCGUGUUGAUGUCCCAAUCCAACCGGUUGUUGUUUUGAGUCGAGUUAGAGAGGAAUUGUAUGGUCGUUUGGCC